ACAGGAAGAAGCUUUGAUCAGCUGUGAGUCACAUUCAGGUGGCAUCGGCAGGAAACACCGAGCUGAGCUCAGAGGGCAGCUUUCUUCAUAUAACCACAGCAUGAAGAAGAAAAAGCAGCAGCACGUGAGACGCACCAAAAAUCAGCAUAAAAAGUUAAAAGAUAUUUCCGUGAACGCAAACAAGCGGGAGUCUGAGAGCUUCCUGGACGAGUUGAUCGGGUGGUUUUCUGAUCAUCAGCAGCAGAUCGAUCAGCUGUUCAUUCGCGGUGACGUAGACAGAAGUGGAUCAGUCAGCCUGAAGGACUUUGAGCUGGGUUUGAUGAGUUUGGGUGUCCCUUGUCAGCAGUUUCAGCUCCACAUGCUGACUCAGCAGCUGAAGACCUUCAAUGACACGAUUAGUUAUCAAGAUUUGAUGAAACAAAUACAGUCUCUGAGUCACAGUGCAGAGCUCCACGCUCAGAUACCAGGGCACUUCAUAAAAAGACAAGAACCAGUGGAGACAGAAAGUUUAAAACAUCAGCAGAGACUGCAAAACACUGAAGCCCAGAGGUUCAUCCGUCUGAGUGUCCGACUGAUCCCCUUCACCUCGGCCACAGCGCACCCUGGAAACUUUGAGGUGGUUUUAUCGAGCAGCCGCAAAGUUUUUGGUCUGAUAAGUGUGAUCGAGGACCGAGCUGGGAUCCAGACCUCAAGCCUGGAGGUUUUCAGUAGCAGAGUGCCAACAGAGGACGCCCGCCUGCCCCUGGAGAGCACGCUGGAGGAGUGCGGCUUCAAAGGAGGGCCAGAGGAGAGUCCUCCAGAGGCCACCGUGUAUUAUGACUACAGACUGCCAUUUACAGACUGUCCCAUCCUCAACUAUGACCACUACAUUAGGUCGAGUCAGGACUCUAAAUCGAAUCGGGGUCUGUGAAUUACAAAAUACCCAAACAUAAAACAAGCUAAUGUUGAGCUUCUGGAAUGGCCUUCCCAAAGCCCCCGACCUCAUCCCUAUUGAAAAUGUGUGGACUAUGUUUAAAAAUCAGGUCUGCAGCAGCAAACCAACCAAUUUAUAUCAUCUCUGUCAAUUCUGCCACGUAGACAGAUAUCCACCCAGAAGUAUAACAGAAGAUUGUUAAUGGCAACCAGAAUGGGUAUAUAUAUUUGAACCUGCGUGGAGAGAAAAUCCCAAAUGAAUUCAAACUCAUUAACCAAGUUCUUGUAUUUGUUUUAGUCAUUAAAGAUGUAUGCUGUGCAGCCAUUUCUCCCUGGAAAAAGAAAUCAUUAAAAGCCCCAAAUUACCACAACAUUAAUGCCCAUGAUGACCUCAGUGACAGCUAGCUGGAUAACCA